UCUACGCAGUGUGCGGAUCUAGCUCAGGAUUUUACGCGUAGAGUUGUGGAAUUAUACGCCAAAGCUUUCCGAUCGACAGUUACUUGUAGACGAUGUCGAUCCGACGUGGAGGAGUUUGCGGAGUCAAGUCGAAAGCUUGCCGGAAUUUAUUCGGACCCGUUGACCACGAAGAGGUCGAUGCGUAUUUGAAGAAGGAACUGGGGAAAAUACAGGAAGAACAGAACCAGAAGUGGAAUUUUGAUUUUGGUACAGACACUCCUCGUGAUGGCAGUUUCGAGUGGGAGCCUGUCUAUGACAACGUCCCACAAUUUUACCAGGCGAGAAUUCUAGUUUCACCGAGGUGUGUUAAAAGGACUAGUCACCCCGAUAAUGUGACGGACACGAGACUCACUACUACAAUUACAAACCACAGUAGUACGGCAUGUGGACUCGGCGAUCACAUACGCCCAACACAGAGUGACCAAAUCGACGAGAAUACGCCGUCCCAAUCCGAUCUCCAGAAACAGCCGGAUAACUCAUUUGCUACCCCUAAAUCGCGUGGAACAAAUAAAUACAGUAAAAGGACAAGUGCAACAAGAAAAACAACAAAACUUACGAGGGCGAAUCAAAUACAGAUUUCAGCAGACUGCUUUAGGCAGCGGAAAUCACCGAAGAGAAAGCUACAACUAUGUGUGAAUGAUCAGACCGGUUCAGCCAUCAUGUCAGUUGAAAAACAGCCAAGGAUGGUGGAAGAAACUGUGCAGUCAUAAUGUUAUAGUAGAUAUGAUGUUUGUACUGGUACUAUCAGCAGCCAAAACAAUGCCACUGGAAGCCAGCCAACACAUAUGUCUGUGCUCAGAUGCAAAUGGAUUGGACAACAUGUGUGGAAAAAACUGGCAUUCUGCCAAGUUUCUGAUGACUAAAGGAGAACCUGGUAAUGUUUCUGCUGGUUGGCGUGGCGACUACAGCUGGUCUGGAAAACCUUUGUAGCUUAAUCAUUAAGCAAUGCUAAAUAUGGACUUGUCAUCAACAGACAGUUAGCAUAUAAUAUCAAGAUUUCAUAUUUAUAUACGUUACAGGUCAUGAGGUCACAUGACUGUUUUAACUAUGUGCUGGUAUUAUAGUUUCUUACAUGUUUUGCCAGGGGUGUUACAUUAUGCGAAACUGUCAUCUUAUCGUAAGCCUGUUGCAUUGUUGUAAAAUAUUUUUUUUAGAAUUUUCGGUGCUCAGUUUUUCACUGCCAGUUUAUUUACUAGCAAAUAUCACUGCCAUGUUUUGACAUGGUCUAAAUUUUUAACAGCUGUAUACAUAUUGCAACUGUUGUUCAUUAUCAAUAUAAUGUUUAUGCUAAAUAUUGUGCAGCUGUUAAAAAUUUAUACCAAGUCGUGUUUCAGGAAAACCAAACUUACGCAAGUUUUUUUUUUAAAAACCAAAGGAUAUGUACUUUCAUGCUAGUAUUAUCUGUACAUAUUAAAGCCAUCAUAGAUUAGACAUAUUUCUAAGUCUGUUUAAGUAAGAUUAGAAAAAUCCUGAUUGCUGUUAUCCAGGAGGCUUUAUCUGAUGAUCUCAAAACUUGGUCUCUGUCUCCUUUAUUAAGGGAUUUAAUUGAAAUGUUUAAAUAAAAACAUUCCAUCACAUCACAAUGUGUUUUACAAAUAUUUAUAUUGUAUUGAACAUGUUGCAAUUCACAAAAACAAAAUUACUUUUCCCUCAUAUAAAUGGUUUUGAACCAGACCAGAUAUGUGUUCAAUUUAAUGGUUUCAAGUGUUUUUAGUCAACUACCCCUGUGUAAAAUGGGUUAUUCCAUUAUUUUUAAAUAAUUUGCAAGCCAACAAUUCCCAUGUAUUGGUAUUCUUGCAUACCAAUUUUCCUACCCAUGUCUAUAAUGGUUUAUUCCAUUGUUUUUAGAUAUCAGUUUGACAGAUUCAGCCCCUACCCUUCCUUGUUUGGUUUUUAAAUUAAAUUUAUUCUCAUUCAGCUUGGCUCAGUUCAACUAAAACCAUCCAUACAAUACUUGGCCAGUUCAUGUUCUUCAGCAUUUUAAUUUUUUAACAUUAUUUAUUUUUUUAUUUUCAAAAAUAUAAUAAUUGGAAUAAUUUGUGAGAUGAAAAUACAUGUUACUUUGAAUAUGUAAAUUGCUUGUACAUAAAUAAAAUAUUUUUUUUGUGUUAA